AUGAAGUCUAACGACAUGUCUAUGCAGGGCGGAGGGUACUAUAACGACCAUAGCGCCCUCCAGGGUCUCGCAAUUGAUAAGGCAUUAUCUCUGCUGGAGCCUCCUCAAUUUAAAGGAAAGACUAUUAUCCUCGCAGAUUAUGGGUCCUCUGAGGGCAAGAAUGCGGUCCGGCUUUUUGUCAACUAUCUUUCCAGCUUGCGCGGGAUUUCGUCUGCAACCCUCGUGUUCAACGAUACAGCAUUCAAUGACUAUUCCAGCCUUUCGAAAAUCAUUGACACCAACUGGUCAUCACUAUCGCAAGAUGGCCGACUAUCCAUCAGCCCCCUGAUGGCUCCCAGGUCAUUUUAUGGACAAGUCCUGCCUGAUGACUUUGUCGAUGCAGGAUUCUCUUUUACCGCCCUCCACUGGCUGCAGCACAUGCCAUCUUCAUUUGAGCCAUCAGAUCUAUCUAGAUCCGCUCACGAAGACUUGGUGUCUUUCUUGGCAGCUCGCCAUAAGGAAAUUCGGCCAAACGGUGCCUUGACACUCUUCAUUCCCUGCCAUGCCCAGAUUGGAGUUGGUCCGGGACUUGCGUGCUUGCAGGCCAGCGUUCGUAGACUCGCAAGCGCCUAUCAUGUCGAUCCCUCAUUCACACUACGAUUACCUGUCUACUGGCGUACGAUGGAGGAGAUACUGGCUUCCAUCAAUGUCGAACAACAUACAUGGACCGUGAAAUCCCAUGUAACUAUUCCAAUGAUGCACCCGUCACGGACUUCAGCCGUGUUGGAUCCUGCCAAUAUGGAAGCCAGGGCUAGGUAUGCUGCUACCAUUGCCGGUUUCGUGACUGCGGCAUGUGCCCGGUUCAUAAUGGAUGACACGGGCACUUACCCCAAGAAAAGAGAGCAGAAUGGGCCUGCUUUACAAUCGGCAGUUGUCGCAGAGACGACUUUCCUUGAGGACUUGUUAGAUUGCUUCAAGGAUGAAUGGCUGCGCUCAUUUGUCACGGAAGAGAUUGGAUUAACCUAUGCAUUUGUGCAGCUCGAGCGACUAUAG